GGAGGCGGAGUUUGCAGUGAACCGAGACAGCGCAACCGCACUCCAACCUGGAAGACAGAAUGAGACUCCGUCUCUUAAAAAAAAAAAAAAAAAAAAAAAAAAGCGAGCGCUGGAAGUCUGGAGCAGGUGCGCGGCUGCAACGGCAGCCGCGGGAAGCUCGGGCGGGCAGGGUUUCCCGGCACGCUGGCGCCCGGCUCCGGCUCCGGCUCCGGGCGCAGAGGCCGCUGUAAGUUUCGCUUUCCAUUCAGUGGAAAACGAAAGCUGGGCGGGGUGCCGCGAGCGUGUGGCUAGACCAAGGCGGGCCCGGAGCGGAACUUCGGCCCCAGCUCGGUCCGGGGCUCAGUCCUGGCGUGGAACUCAGCAGCGGAGGCUGGACGCUUGCGUGGCGCUUGAGAGAUUCCAUCGUGCCUGGCUCCCAUAAGCGCUUGCUGGAAGUGAAGUCGUGCUGUCCUGAACGCGGGCCAGGCAGCUUUGGCCUGGGGGUUUUGGAGUGAUCACGAAUGAGCAAGGCGUUUGGGCUCCUGAGACAAACCUGUCAGUCCAUCCUGGCUGAGUCUCCGCAGUCCCCGGCAGAUCUUGAAGAAAAGAAGGAAGAAGACAGCAACAUGAAGAGAGAGCAGCCCAGAGAGCGUCCCAGGGCCUGGGACUACCCUCAUGGCCUGGUUGGUUUACACAACAUUGGACAGACCUGCUGCCUUAACUCCUUGAUUCAGGUAUUUGUAAUGAAUGUGGACUUCGCCAGGAUAUUGAAGAGGAUCACGGUGCCCAGGGGAGCUGAUGAGCAGAGGAGAAGCGUCCCUUUCCAGAUGCUUCUGCUGCUGGAGAAGAUGCAGGACAGCCGGCAGAAAGCAGUGCGGCCCCUGGAGCUGGCCUACUGCCUGCAGAAGUACAAUGUGCCCCUGUUUGUCCAACAUGAUGCUGCUCAACUGUACCUCAAACUCUGGAACCUGAUGAAGGACCAGAUCACUGAUGUGCACUUGGUGGAGAGGCUGCAGGCCCUGUAUAUGAUCCGGAUGAAGGACUCCUUGAUUUGCCUUGACUGUGCCAUGGAGAGUAGCAGAAACAGCAGCAUGCUCACCCUCCCACUUUCUCUUUUUGAUGUGGACUCAAAGCCCCUGAAGACACUGGAGGACGCCCUGCAUUGCUUCUUCCAGCCCAGGGAGUUAUCAAGAAAAAGCAAGUGCUUCUGUGAGAACUGUGGGAAGAAGACCCAUAGGAAACAGGUCUUGAAGCUGACCCAUUUUCCCCAGACCCUGACAAUCCACCUCAUGCGAUUCUCCAUCAGGAAUUCACAGACGAGAAAGAUCUGCCACUCCCUGUACUUCCCCCAGAGCUUGGAUUUCAGUCAGGUCCUUCCAACGAAGCAAGAGUCUUGUGAUGCUGAGGAGCAGUUCUUUUUAUUUCUACCUGCAGAUUCUGCCCGAUGAAGUAUAUUUAAAAUUGUUUUUCACUUAAAAAAGACUUUUUUGGCUGGAUGCAGUGGGUCACGCCUGUAAUCCCAGCUCUUUGGGAGGCCAAGAGGAUUGCUGGAGUCCAGGAGUCGAGCCCAGCUGGACCACAAAGCAAGACUCAACCUUUGCAACAACAACAACAAAGACUUUGUUAUGGAACAUUACAAAUAGAUACCAAAGUGUGUAGUGAAGGAAGAGUUAGACAGUGAAUCCUCGGCUAUAACAGUUACCAAAACUCAUGGCAGGUCUUGCUUUUCCUAUAACCCACCCUCUUGUUUCACCCAACCCUGUACUGGAUUUUUUUGAAGCAAAUCAUACUAUUUCAUUUAUAAACACUUCAUUAUGUAUCCCUAAAGAAUAAAAGCACUCAAAAGAUAAUCAUCUCCAUCUUGCAAUUCCUUAAUAGCAUCAAAUAUCUGGUCAACGUUCAGACUUCCUGACUGUUGUAUAAUCUAUGUGUUUUGUUUGACGCUAGAUCCAAACAACGCCUACACUUGCAUUUGGUUAAGUUUCUUUCUUAAGUUCCUUUUAGAUUUCCGCUCAUUUUCUUUUCCUUGCAGUUGAUUUGGUUGAAUAUUUUUUUCAAAUGCCAGCACUGGCUGGUUGGUAUCAUUUAACAUGUUCCUGUAACCUUUUUAUUUCUUGUAAACUAAUAUUUAGAUACAGAUAUUGCCCUGCAUUUUGUAAAGUUCUGCACAAAGUCUGCAAAUGGAAAUAGGGAUAAUUUCAGCCUCCACUGGGGGUGACUCAGCUUUACGUGUGCCGCCCUUGCCCUCUGUCUCCCCUCCCUCUACAAAAGACUUUUUUGGCUGGGUAUAGUGGCUCAGGUUAGGGUCAUUCCUGAGCUUGUGGAGAAACAGAACUGUGUUCUGAUGAUCCCCACCCCUCCCAGGGGGAAGUUCCAAUCUUGCCUUGGCUUUAGGGGCCUCUCUCGUGACCUCCUGCCUUCCAUCUCUUGUGUGCUCUGCCUGUCAAGCUGCUGAGCCUUCGCAGUACAGGAUCCACACUCAGGAAAGCCCCUCCUGGAGGGUGCCCACUGGCCGUGGGUCGGGACUGUUUUCUAAUAUUCUAAAGUCCCAGAGUCGGACCUAGGGUGGGCAGGUAUAAGUGUGUGAGGCAGUCGUGUUUGUGGUGGUGGGUGAACUGUCUCGUGCCUGUU